AUCAAAUGCUAUAGCAUGAACCUCCCAACAGAUGGCGCAAACUGCAAGGCCCUGUACGGAAGCCCCCUUCAAAUCCAGGUUGAAGUAGAAGCAGGUACGACUGUGACCUACAAAAUCCACAGUGGUGAGAUUUUGGUGGCCAAUUCAUCAGCAAUCAGAGGAAUCGUCCCCCACAACAUCACAGUGGGACCAGAGGUGGAGCAACAGCUGGGCUCUGGCUGCCAUCAGCUGACCCUGCAUGCCUCUAACGGGGUCUCGGUCUUGGGUGUGUCCACUGAGCUGCAGGUGUGUCUGCUGGAGCCUGUGGAGGGCCUCCUGGGAUCAGUGAUGGCUGAGGAGGGAGAGUGUCCAGACUCAGACCUUUAUGUUAGAGUCUCCCUGGAUCGGGGAGCCCCGGUGCAGCUUCUCUUCCAGGUGUCUGGAGCCAACGACAGCAUCUCUGAGACCAGAGACAUGCAAAACAGCAGCAUGCAGGUUUACAAUAUCUCAACCACUAUCCAAGGAUAUUUGCAAGUGAAAGACAGGGCCUGGAAUGUCUUCUCACACAUGGAUGUGGAUGUGGGGAACACAACAGCAAUUUGUCACUACAGUUCAGACCUCAGGCGGGAUGACUAUGUAAACGCAACAGAAAAGCAUAUGAGAGUUUGCGGAGCUUAUAACUUGAGAAUCACUGCCAUUCCAGAAGCUGCCAGUCAAGACACUGAAAGCGUCUAACGUGAGGUAACUGGCUUAGGAGGACUAUCUAAUGGAAUGCAGAGCAAAUUUGAAUGGGAAUGCACAUGUCCUUAUGGUGGUGUUUUCUAACCAUUUCCCCUUCUAAUUCCAAUAGAAGAAGACUGUAAGGGGAAGGGGAAAUGCAAUGAUAAAACAACGGACAAGACUCGUUUGAUUGUAAAAGAUUGUCUUCCAAACCCAUUUGAGUUCUUUGAAUACACUUUUUCUGUGAAGAGAAGGGUUAAGAAUGGGAAAUAGGUUGACUGGAUUUCAACAUCCCGAUGCAUCACGGUUACUCCAACAAAAUUCACCAACUUUAGAAUUAGGGUGCCCUGCAAAACUGUUACAGCGACGCAGGGAAAAAGCCACUUAAGGAGAGAAAAGAUCAGGACGGUCAGAAAGAGUACAAAGUCAGCAAAAACUAUCUGAAAGAAGCUUCCGGUGGGUUUCAGAAUCUCAAUGUGAUAGUUUAUGGUGAGUAGCAAUUUCUUGUAUUCAAUGCCAAAAGCAUUUACUGUAAGUACAGGCUAAAAGUUUGGUUAAUACAGUUGAUGACAGGAUGUCCAUCAGAUAUGUUGAACUUACAUCAAACUGUUCUUUAGUGUAUUGACAGAAAAAUGAAUGUGCAAAAAAACUGUAAUAUUUAGACAUUUCCGACUGAUCAAUUACACAUCCCUUUUUCAGUUUGAGCCAAUUAUAGGAGCUUAUUUUGGAUUGAUUCAUCCUCAGAAAGUAUGGACCUAAUGUAACAUGUUCACGAGUGGAAAUAAGAUAUCAAUAUCCCUUUAUAAUCACCAUUCUUUAGAUAAGAAAACGUUUGAAUAUGCCAAGUACACCAUUCAGAUACCAGGUGUAACUACUCCUGCACCUGCUGAUACUACACUAUCUGUAACCGCUGCUCCGGCUAUCACCUUAAGUCCCCCUUCAUGUAGUAUUUUCUCUCUAAAUGGCACCGUUCUGGAUCCUUUCACUAUCACCUGUACAACGCCUACAUCCUGCUCAGACGGCUGCCAAUAUUGUUUUAAAACUGACCAAGGUAAACAUCUGCGCUGCAGUUCUGUAAAUAAAGUAACGUUAAUCUUCCUACCUCUUGGGGAGAUAAACAGCAACUACAAGCUCUCGGUAGUGGUGACUGUUACAGAAUUUAACACAAAGACCCGUGGAAGUACCACAUUCACCACUCAGGUGUGGCCAGCCAAGUCCUGUACUCCAGUGCAGGAGCUCCAAUCUGCAGUGGCAGACACAGUAGCUAAUCUAGGGCAGCAGGGGAUGCUCUCAGGAGAGACCCUUGGACAGAUGUUCAAGUCUGUGUCGGACAUGCUGAAUAAGGAUUCCAGUGAGGAAAAUAAUAACAGGAUGAAGCUGCGAGAACAGAUGCUGAUGAAUAUAACUGAAGCACUGGAGAACAACUCCAGCAGCACUCCUCAGAAUGUGCAGCUGACGGCCAGAGCUGUGGCAGGACUCACCAUGCGGGGUGAUGAGCUUAGUCCCAAUGCUCAGCUAGAAGCUAGCUUCCUGGUGGCAAACCUCAGCUCUUCCCUCCUCUCCAUGAAUGUCAGUGAGCAUGGUGGAGAAGAGGAGAUGGUGAAGGCAGCUACACCAAUUGUGGAGGCAGUCAGCAAUAUUCUGGAUGUUUCCUCAAAUAGAGAAGUCUCUGAUUUACUUCUCAAGGGCAUGGACAAUGUGCAGAGUGCACUGUUGAAUGGGAAGAAGGUUGAUGAAGCUCCUGUGAUUGUCAACAGCUCUCAGAUCACUGUGUUUGUGAACAGGUAAAAAUAAUGUGGGCAGAGGACAUAAGAAAGGGAACUGUAGUUUCAGAUAUAAGCAACGAUUGUAAAAGAUCAGAAAUAUAUUUUAAUUUCUGUUACAAUGCAAUGUCUGGAAGAAAUUGCAACUGUUAUGUGGCCUCAAUAUUGAGUGACAGCAUAUCAU